CUGACAAUAAUGUCUCACAGUCGGAGCUCGUUGGCACCAAAAUGUACCAGAAGAAGAAAAUCUAAUUAAAUCUGUCAACACUAACACGACUGAUUUAUCUGAUCCACUUCCUGUUCACUCUGUCCCAGGGGAAAGAUAUUAAUACUAGUAAGACUAGUUGUUGGGACUAUUUUCUGCUCACAUCACCUCUGCUUUUCCAUCUCCAAACUUCAUCACAGGGAUGUUCCGCUCACUAAUGAGUGCAGCAGGCACUUGUCAGAGCAUCGAGUGGAGAAACAGAUCCUCUCACGGAUGCUGAUGGCCCAUGGCUCAGCUUAUUAACCCAUCUAGACUGGACACAUAGAUCAGACCUCACGGUCUCAGCACCUCACAGGAGCAGGAGCAGAUCCUGCAGCGAUCUAAAGCCCGGCUUAAUCACUUCUGAAGUAGCAGAGACGUUCUCGGGGGACGCAGCAGUCGGGUUCUACUGCAAAAGGUAAUGAGGUCAGACAGCACUGCAGAUCAUCAGCUGUGACACCACCCUUGAUGUCAGCAGCAGCAGGAGCAGCUUCUACAUUGAUCUUAAAAAAAACAACAACAAAUCGUCCAGCAACUGUAGACAGAAGUAACCACUACUACAUUACAGUACAGUAACAGCAGCAGAUUCAGUGACAGUGACACGAACUAUGCUAUGACCGUGUCAUGAGUAUUGAGAACUGGCAACACUGCAGUAAAUAAUGGCUUCCCAUGGCAGGAAGUGGAUCCAGGAAACAGUUCUCUGUAGGCAGAGUGAGCAGCACACACACACACACCGUGGUUGGUUGGAGGAUUUGCUCAUUCUAACAAGACGACUAUCUUUAUAUGACUUGUGUCUGUGAUGGAUGGACCUUUGACCAAAGGUUCGUCACGGUAUCACAGUAAACAAACCUCUGGGUUUAACCCGAGGAGGCAGGCGUUAUAACCAACCUGGGGUUUAAUGUGAUCCAUCAGUGAUGACCACACACACAUACAGUUGUACACUGUACCAGAUGUGUUAUGCAGCGCACAAACUUGCUCUUCCAAAAGUGAGGGGGUGAGGAAACAGUAUGGUUCAAACCUGAUGCUGUGAACUUUCUCACAGACCAUUGUAACUUUGAAGGAUUAGCUCAAGUCUGUUGGAUGAUUUUUAGUUAGCUCUUCUGCAAACUGACAGCUGGCUUGAAGGCAGUUACACUGUUUAACCACAUGAGGCAACAGCGGGCUGUCAGCUUCUCUGUCCCAAAGAAGAGCGAGUGAGACUCACAACAGAUUUAUAGCUGCAGACGACUGUGUAACAGUGAGAUGGAGUGCAGAUCACAUUCUGGAGAAUUGAUGGACUGAAGGUGAGGAUUUUUAAAAGCAGCUGAAAUCUGUUUGUGAUUUAAAUUCUCUGGACAGGGCUGUUGUUUCUCAUCUGAAGACACGUCUUUUCCUUUCUUCUUUUCACACCUAUUACAUUUGGCAGAGUGUAAAUAAUUCACCAGGUAUAAGGCGACAGGCAGAAUACAUCCAUAAUUCAUGCAAAACGUGUUUUUUUCACUUCUUAUAUUAUCCACAACAAAUGCCGUGCUCCUCCGCCCAUCCGUUCCCUAAGUUCUACCUAAAUUCACUCUGGUCUUUUAUGUCAGACUCAGCGGGGUCACACAGACACAGUUUGCAGAGCCGGGGUUUGUAGGGGGUGACAGAAGAAGGAGGGGUAAAUAUCAGCGCUGUUCCUGAGGUUCAGCCAUCCUGCUGCUUUGAGGCCCCGCGUCUCCUCAGCUCCUGACACUUCAUCAAGGUCAGGUCCCUACCUCUACCCACUGGAAUACUCAUCAAACGGCCCCGGAGUCUUUUAUCCCAAACCUGAUGUCACAGUGGAGGCACACAGGCAUGUCCCACAUGAAUGUCCCACAAAGCUGGGAUGCAAAGAGGGGGAGGAACUGGUAAAUCCCAUCAGCCCUCAGCCACACAGUCCUAACGAAACUGGAGCAGGAAGGCAACUAACUACAAGACACACACAUCCUGUCAAGGUUACUGCAUCAACAGUUCAUUUGUGUCCUCUCGGCAGCCGGUGUAUUGCGGCUGAGGCACAAAGAUGUGGAAUAUUAGUAAAAAGGUCACCAGGACAGGACGGCAGAUCUCAAAAGACAGACUUAUUGAAGGCAAGGGCACAGCAGAACAGGAAGCUUAAAAAUGCCUGGGAGACAGUUGUGUCUUCGAACCCCUGGUGUCGUGCAACAAAGGCUGAACCUUUUACUUCUGCCUUUCUACCAAAUCCAGUAAAGGUCAUGGAAUAUUUCCUGAACCUGGACGUCGAAAUCUUUCCCUUCAGGAUUUUCAUUUCCUCCCUUAAGUCACAAAGAAGUUCUUAACCAGUUUCACAGCAUUCACAAGGAAAGACUGUUUGUAAAAAUAGAAUGGCAUUUGAACUCAAGCACCAGAAGCAGGAAACCAGAUGAUGACGAGGGGACAGUUAAUGUCAGGGUUCUCAUUUUGACCUCAGUGCCAACGCAGGUGUCUUACAAUUAGGAUCAAACAUCCUGUAAAGGUUAAGGCAUCAGUCGUUAAGCUUCUGAUUUUGUCAGGCAGGAGUGAGGGGAGAACAAAUUCAAAGGUCACUGGUUAAAUUAAAUCUCCAAGGACAUCUCUUCUCUGAGGUGAGAGCAAACAAAAGCAGGAAACGCGAUGAUACCGCGGUUGGAGUUAAUGUGGGAGAUCAUUUUCAUAUUCUUUGUCACUGCGAUAACUCACAGUUAAUGACAUUCAUCCUACCAUGUCUUUCAACCAAUCACUGUGAAGGCCAAGGCAUCACUUCUAAACUAGCUUUAACUGGCAAGUCAGAGGGAGAGGGAGAGACGUCAACUUUGGCAGAUUAAGCCAUUUCAUACAGACAUGGAACAAUCAUUUACAGGCUGUUUGAUUAUGAUCCACUGUUCACCCAAUUCCGUCAAAUCUAGUCUCACGUUUGAGGUCAAACAUCUCAUUUUUUGUGUUCUCCAAAAAAAAAAAAAAAAACACUUGUCAAGGCCAAUACAUCACCCCUGAAGUUUCAAGUACAAAUCCUCCUCCUCCUCCUCCUCUUCCUCAGGCGAGUGCAUCACUUCAACAAAGUGUUGAGGACUUCCUCCACUAAUUUCCCCCUUUGUUUUUCGACCUGUAGCCAAAAUCUGACAUGAAAAGGCUUGACUACUCUCCCCCAAAGACACAGAAGAGCUCUUUGUACUCAGCCUUGUUCUGCUUUGUGCCAUUUUCAAUUUCUGUUGGAAGUGACGAGAGCUGCUCUUCUUAUCUUAGAUGUCAUGGAAGCUUUGCUGCCGCUCACUAAUGCUCUCUCAUCUUCUUUCUUUCAUCCUCUCCCCUGUUGGUGGCGUCGGCGGCAAAGUAAAACAGUGAAUGAGGUUGAUAGACUUUGUUUGGAUUAUUUAAUUCAAAGCAAACUGCAGGUUGGGUUGGAGUAACUUCAGGCAGCAGGGGUCUACCUUUCCACGCUUUUUAUCCAUUUAAAGUGGUUUUGAAUGAAUCAAAACCACUUUAAAUGGACCGGGUCUGUUAAAAACUACGUGGCAUCCUGCAGAAGUUAGAGUGGAUUUAAUGAUAAAUCCUUCACAUCACGUCCUUUUGAUGAAACAAUCAAACUGCUGGCAGCUAAGUCUUUAUAAAACUUUUGCUGAGGUGUCAUGGUGUGUCAGUCUGUGACAGACGUGACUUUAUCCAAACAUGUUGGCAGACCUUACAAAUACAGUGAGUGUCGGAUUUUCUUUGCCAUUCUCAGCCCAAAGGGACAAAUUUGCUCUCCUCCUUCCACUCGACAGCCUUUUGACUCUCCUUAAUCUUCCUGACAGGGUAAUUUGGUGUGUUGUACAGCUCUAAAAAUACAGAUGAAGGCUGUUGUCACCCACGGAGCCAGAUGGUCAGAGGGCUGUACUUCUCUAUUGGUUCAAUAUGUUUUUUCUCUCUGUCUUUCUGGUCCUCUGUCCCUUUCAAUAUGUCUUCUUUCUCAUUUGGCAGGUCAUUCUUCUUCACCGUUGCUCUCUGUGGCCCUCCCCCUCCGUCUUUGUCUCUUUGAAGACCUGACUGGUUAGCGCCUUUGCCAAUCUGUCAACGAAUGCUUGACUGGACACCCAGAGAAAAAAAGGCAGACAGAGUCUGGUUUUCUUUGAUGGGGCGGGCCGAAGAGAGAGUGGUAUUCAGGCCCAUUGAACACCGCCUUCCAUCAAUGUGACACAGCAAGGAGAAUAAUUGGCAGAACAAAUUGAAGCCAUGGGGCUUAUGAACGGGAGCUAAUGUCUGUUUUGAAAGGUCCGUUAUGGUCCCAGACAUUAAAAAAAAAACAAGUCCUCUUGAGUUCUAUUACAAAGGCCCAGAUCUGGCGUAGAAAUAGAUUGGAUACAGUCCAUGUCCUGCACUUGUUGGACUUGUGUUUUGGUGGUAAUGUCGGUUUGUAACAGUGUUACAGGGACACGGUACUUUCACGCAUCAGAUUGAGUACGCCUCCUCCAAAGGUUUAGUGCUGCAGGUUGUAAAGGCCAUGACUUUACCGUCAUUGUACCUUUACCGUCAAUGUAUUAGGAAAUAGCUAAUAUCUGAUGACGACGCUGUUACACUUCCUCAGUGACCAGAUCAUUACCUCAGAAACGUUCACACACAGGGCAGUACUACAGUCAGUAGCACAAGCAGAUUGGAUUCAUGUUAGCACCAGAGAAAUGCUUUGGUUUGACAGCAAAACAAAAAAGGAUGGCGUCAUGAACACACUUAUAUUAUAUGUUGAGAAAAUAAAUGUGACAUCUAAGAGCCGCUAAAGGUAAAUGACGAGGCAGAAUAAAACACUCAACACAAAUAUUUCACAAGUGUUUUUUAUUGUUUUGGUUGUCAUAUCAUUUGUAGUGUUUCAUCUUGUUCAACACAACAUACUACAAACUGUGCCACCUGGUACCUGCACUCUCACGGCUGUAUUUGGACUAGAUCUGGAAACCACUCAGGUGGCAGAAUAAAAACCCUGAUCAGCAGCCUGGAAACUCUCCUUGUUCCUGUGUAACACGUUCUCAUUUCUGCUCAAACAUGCCCGAGUACGUCUCCAAUAUGAAUUCAUUUUCCACCCUUUUCCCACUGAAGACGGCUCUGCUCCAAAAAGACCUUCUUUUUCUGUGCUGCGUUAAGUCCACAGCUGCCAAAAUGAAACAUUCUGUCACUUCCAAGCGCUCAGCGCUAAACAGGAAUCAGAUCUGCGUGACCAUGACUAAUUUUUACUGCACCUUUAGUCUGACUCGUGGCGGUGCAGCUAAUGUUUCAGGAUCCUUUUGCCAAUUUGGAAAAGUGACAUGGCACAGCAAUGGAAUAUAACGCAGUUUAAAGCUGUCUCUUCUGCGCUCAUAAAUCCCCCUGCAGGUCCAACAGAGUACUUUCGGCACAAUGUUUAAAUCCAUUAAGGAGACUUCCGCUGGUGAAAAAGCAGAGGUGGAUGUUUCCUCAUCUUUUGCUUUUUCUACUUCAUCAGUUCAGUGAUCAAACCACUCACAUGCCCUCUCUCUCUCUCUCUCUCUCUCUCCACGCUUUUGUGGUGGAGGAAUUCUUCGUCCUGCCUGGCUCAUUAACUCAGGCUACAUUCACACUAUACAUGAACUUAUAGAAAAUCAUAGCCUUUUUUUCUUUUGCCUUUUCAUCUCUCCUCCUCUAGACACUGUGAGAAACGUCACGUGGUUAAAAAUGUUUUUUUUUUCCAAAGUGAAGCACAAAUCCAUUUUUUUUUUCCAGAGACAUAUCUAUGUUGUUUAUAGAACGACUGUAUCCUCAUUCCUCCAAACCCUCUGUUCCAGAGUUCAACCCCCAGCUCUCCUCCUGUCAGCCCUCACCCUCUUUUCUCCUCCCCCUCCUCCUCCUUUUCUUUCUCUCACCCUUGGUUGCUCAUUCCCAUGCUGGAGCUUGUAGAUUGCUGGAUUACACUGGCGCUGCUGAGAGGGCCGCCCCAUUCAUUGUAAAGACACGGACAAUUGCUCCUUUACCCUGACAGGGUCCCCAAAUAAUCCCCGUCAGGGCUGAGAGUGUGCAACAAGGUUGAGCAGAGGCAGCGCUGAGAGCAGCUGAGAAACUUCUAAUAUACACACUGUCUUAAUGUGUUUAAACAGCAGAGAAGGUGUUUUCAUUUUAUAGAGAGAAGACGGAGCGAGGGCUGAAGGUGACUUUAGGGAAAGUGAUGCUCUGCAGCAAGAAACAGUAUUCACUUCUUUUACAAGUGGGAAUUUAGUGAGUGAAAAGAAAAUACUCCAGAAGAAGGACAGAGGAAGAGAAGGGAAGAAAGAGAAAAGAAUUAAGGAGCUUCUGAACAAACUUCUGAAGAAAAAGAAAGACUUUGAUUUUUAGAAACGUCUCAGUGCUGCACAAUGAAGCACCAAUUGCAUUUGCUCUCUGUGGUUUUCUGCACUUUGGUCCUCCUGCCCCAUGGCCUUCUGGGAACACCGGCAAGGAAAGAAAAGGAUGAUGAAGCAGGAAGCUCUGUGCCACUUCAGAGGGUGAAACGAGGCUGGGUUUGGAACCAGUUCUUUGUCCUGGAGGAGUACACUGGACUAGAGCCACUUUAUAUCGGCAAGCUCCACUCAGACAUGGACAAAGGAGAUGGAUCUAUUAAGUACAUCCUGACAGGAGAAGGAGCAGGAACCACCUUCACCAUUGACGACAGCACAGGUGAUAUUCACGCCAUCCAGAGGCUGGACCGGGAGGUGAAGGCCCAAUAUGUGCUACGUGCUCAGGCUAGAAACCGUCUGACAGACAGACCUCUGGAGCCAGAGUCAGAGUUCAUAGUGAAGAUCCAGGACAUCAAUGACAACGAACCCAAAUUCCUGGAUGGACCCUACAUCGCAACUGUCCCAGAAAUGUCCAAAAUAGGAACAUCUGUGAUCCAGGUGACCGCCACAGAUGAAGACGACCCAACCUACGGCAACAGCGCUCGUGUGGUCUACAGUAUUCUGGAGGGUCAGCCAUACUUCUCAGUUGAUGCCAAAACAGGUGUGGUGCGUGUUUCCCUGGCAGACAUGGACAGAGAGACCAGAGAAAACUACACUGUUCUCAUCCAAGCCAAAGACAUGGGUGGUCAGAUGGGUGGACUGGCCGGCACCACCACUGUUAGCAUCAUGCUCAGUGACGUCAACGACAACCCACCGAUGUUUGAGCAAAGGCUGUACCAGAUGAGCAUCCCAGAGUCAGCGCCCGUGGGUUCAGUGGUGGGACGAAUAUGGGCAAAGGACAAGGAUGUGGGGCUCAACGCUGAGAUGAAGUACAGCAUCAUAGACGGAGACGGAAGAGACACGUUUGACAUCAGCACUGACCCCACCAAUGUUUUUGGCCUCAUUUUGGUGAAAAGGCCCUUGAACUUUGAGAAAAAACUCAGUUAUACACUAAAGGUACAGGGCGCAAACACCCACCUGGACCCAGCCUUUCACUCCAAUGGGCCGUUCAAGGAUGUGACCAUUGUGCACGUGAGCGUGGAGGACGUGGAUGAGCCGCCAGUCUUCGAUCUGCCGUCGUACUAUGUGGAGUUACCAGAAGAUGCAGAUAUUGGGAGGCUAGUAAAGACGGUGUCGGCCAGAGACCCAGAUGCUGCCAACAACACUGUGAGGUACUACAUCGAGGGAUCCACCGACCCAAAGAAGUAUUUCUAUAUUGAUAUCACCUCCGGGUCACUGAUGACAGUGCGUCCGCUGGACCGAGAGCAAGUGGGAUGGCAUAACAUCACAGUUCUGGCCAUGGAGAUGUACAACCAAAGACAGAUUGCCAGUGUAGCGGUGACCAUCAAAGUCUUGGACGUGAACGAUAACCCCCCUGAGCUGACACCCUUCCUGGAGGCGUACGUGUGUGAGAACGCUAGGCCUGGACAGCUGAUCCAGACUGUCGCAGCAGUAGACCCAGAUGAACCACUAGGUGGACAUCGCUUCUACUACAGUUUGGCUCCAGAGGCCAUAAAUAACCCAAACUUCACCCUGAGAGACAACCAAGACAACACAGCGUGGAUCCUGACUCGCCGUGGAGACUGGUCACAGCAGGACCAGUCCAUCUUCUACUUGCCUAUCUUUAUCUCUGACAGCGAGCAGCCGGUCCAGACCAGCACCAGCACACUGACCAUUCAAGUGUGCAGCUGUGACCACGAGGGCAAUGUCAUGUCCUGCAAUCCAGAUGCCUACGUUCAGCCAGUGAGCCUGAGCAGAGGAGCACUCAUCGCCAUCCUGGCCUGCAUCUUUGUCCUCCUGGUAAUGGUUCUGCUCAUGCUCUUCCUGCGUAGUCAGCGUAAGAAGCCCUAUUUGUGCGAUGAGGAGGAGAAUGUCCACGAGAAUAUCGUGCGUUACGAUGACGAGGGUGGCGGCGAGGAGGACACCGAGGCAUUUGAUAUUGCUGCCAUGUGGAAUCCACAUGAGGUACACCGUCCCCUUGGAAAGAUGAGGCAGGACAUGAUCCCGGAGAUAGAAAGUUUGUCCCGCCAUGUCCCUCAGCCCUGUGUAGUGGGUGUUGGCAGUGGGGACGGUAACGUUCAUGGAUAUGUGCUGUCAAAACUAUUAGAGGCUGACAUGGACCCGUGUGCACCACCUUAUGACUCCCUGCAGACCUACGCCUAUGAAGGGGAAGGUUCAGUUGCAGAGUCCCUCAGUUCUCUCCAAUCAGGAGCCUCAAAUAAUGACCAUGACUAUGAUUAUCUCAAUGACUGGGGUCCUCGUUUCAAAAAACUGGCUGAAAUGUAUGGCGUUCUUGAGACUAACACUUCACCAAUGUGGUAAUACUUCUUUGCCUUUGUCCCUUUUUAACACCAGUGACUUGUAAAACAAAGCAAAACAAAGACACAAACAGACUGAUGUGCCAGGAUGUGUUACCUACACACCUAUUACUCUUAGCACUUGAAUUGUGGCUCAAGCCUCAAUUUUCCACAUCUUUGGAGGCUAGUAUUUGAAAGCAGCAGCCACUGCAGCAGGAUCAGCAUAAGUGGGAGUUGUUUUUUUUUUUUUUUUAAAUCUGCCCCAAAGGAAGACUGUUCGGAUAUUGGCAGCCGUGUGGGGCCCACAAAGGAAUGGCUUCAAAGCACAUGCUAAUUCCCUCAUCUGACCCAGUCAUGAACAGAAAGCCUCUUUGGCUCAAAGUCUGCAGUGAAUUAUGCCAAGAGAUGAAAAUGAGCAGAACCAGACUGCCUUUAAUAUUUAAAGGAGCAUAGUACAAGAACUUCGGAUGUCCGAGUCUGAACUGAUGCAAAUCACAACAUUGAAAGGAAGAGAGAAGUGAGGAGUCACUCAAAAAAAAAAAAAAUUCUGUUUUUCUGUUGGUGACAGGUCUUAAUUUAUGUGUUUUAUUUAUUUUUUUCUAAAUUAUUUUAAUGGAACACUGAUGUCAAAUGUCAAUCUUUAAAGGAUAAUAUGUUUGGUAACAUUCAAGAUGUAACAUUCCACGUUUACAGUGUGUUUUUAUCGAGCUGAAAAGGUGGCGAUGCUGUAAAUCUGUGUAGGUCACGUUGGUUUAAAUGUUAAUUGUAUUUUUGUUUUGUACCGAUGUUUUUUUUUUAAUGUAACUGAUGUUUUUGUGAAAAUACAUUGUUGUUGAGAAAAAAAACCCAUCCUUGUUUAGUACUAGCUACUUCCCACUUGCAAAAGAUGGACCGACUUCUGGUUUGACGUUGAGGCUGUUUUGCUGUUAUCAAUCCAAACACACCACCAUCACAGUAAAGUGAUGUAUUAGUUCUACAACAAAACGUGUUGUAUUGCUCCUGAAUAACUGAAAUGUCUCUGUGUCUGUGUCUGUAGAAGAGAAAUGAGUUACAUACUCAUGUAUUAGCACUUUCCCUUAGCAAGCACAGAAAUCACAAUCACUAAAAACAAAUCAGGACCGGCUUCAUCAGCACUAUUUAAGUUUUGCAGUUCAAGGUCAGUAAACAUUAAUUUUAACAGAGUUUAUGUUGCUAAAUGCUAGUUUUAGGGAUUAUGCAUACGACAUAAAAAUUGUAAAUUUUGGCAAAUUGACUACUGGCCACCAAUUGUGGGGCAGCGUUGGAUCAGCCAGAUGAUUAUAAGGACCAUCAUAAAGUUGGCAUGCUGUUGGAUCAACGCUAACUGCCAAGGCUUAAAGCAGGAGUUUACUAUUUAUUAUUUUACAUUACGACUGUUAAAUGUUAAUUCAACCAAUUAUCUGGUAAAUCCUGAUAGAUUUUUUUUAUCAUCAUUGUUGUUUAGAAUGACAUAAUUAAUGUUGCCUUAUAAUAACAGACCUAGAACUAGUAGCUGUUUGACUUGAGUGAAGAGACUGAGUGGAAACAACAUCAUGCCAUCCUUUCAUUUCUAAGAUUUAUUUCAGCAACCAGGUCUAUUUGUUCAUUUCUUUUGAGUGUCCUGGUUUAUAAAACGGCUUAAUGGUUUUUCAUUUGAUGUAAACACUCCAUCACUAAUAUGAUGUCAUGCUUUUUUCCUCUCACCAUAUACACGAGGCCAUCUCCUCCAAAGACACUGAUGAUCAGCAUUAAGUGCCAAAUGCAAAAAUGACAACAAAAAGAGUGAUGUGGAAGCAAUGUGCAAAAGACUGAACUUUAUACCAAAAGAAAAUAACGUUUUUUUGGAACUGAACCGUAGUUUUUUGAUAAUUUGAUUGGUAUACGUUUACCUAAAAUUGUUCUUGUUGUAAGUCAUGCUACAGUGUGUGGUAUGUGAAUGUAGAUAUUUUUUGUAUUCUUCAUAAUAAAAUGGUUAAAACAUA